GGAAAAUGUUGCAAUUCAUCUUAUUGUUAGGGUCUUGUCUGACCCUGUCUACUACCAUUCCACAUUCGGAUGGAACGAGAGUGGUAAACGGAGAGACAGCCACCAUCGGACAAUUUCCGUACCAGGUUCUUCUGAAAGUUCAACUCGCGCAAGGACGUGCGCUUUGCGGAGGUAGUCUGUUGAGCAAUCAGUGGGUUCUUACUGCUGGACAUUGUGUGCAAGGUGCCAAAUAUGCUGAAGUUACACUGGGUGCUGUAGAUUUUGAAAACGGUGAAACGGAUGGUCGUGUCGUGUUGAACUCCACCGAAAUCGUUCGUCACGAAAAGUAUAAUCCACUGUUCGCCACGAAUGAUGUUGCAUUGAUUAGGUUACCCAAAGCGGUCGAGUUCCAUGAUCGUAUUCAUUCAGUUGCACUUCCUUCAGGCAAUAACAACUACGUGGAUUGCACGGUAAUCGUGAGUGGUUGGGGACUUCAGAAAAAUGGCGGAAAUGUUGCCCAGAAGUUACAGUUUGCUCCACUGAAGGUCAUCUCCAAUAACCAAUGCACGAAGACGUACAACCCUCUGGUGAUCAGGAAGACUACGAUUUGCGCCCAGGGAGAUGAGAAGCAAUCACCGUGUAAUGGAGACUCGGGUGGACCGCUAGUUUUGGAGGGCGAUAACAUACUGGUUGGUGUAGUGAGCUUUGGCCACAUCACAGGAUGCGAGCGUGGUCUUCCCGGUGCAUUUGCACGAGUAACUUCUUUCGUCGAUUGGGUCCGAAAAAAGACAGGGUUGUAGACGUGAAAAUGGAUCAACACCUGUAUUGUGUUCAACUUUUGAGAAGCAUCAUUAGCUUUUGUUUGACGUUUCGUAUAUAUGCAACGUUCAACUAUUUAAUAAUAAAAUACAAUACUUAUUUGAACUACUAUAAUCAAUACAUGUAUGUUCCAUCGUUUUAUCGGGUGUAUUUUAGAAGCAUAGAACUUUAAAUUGAAAUAAAACACAGAUGGUGUCAAGUAUGAUA